AUGGAGUCGUCUCCCAAAUCUAACAUCGAUGUUUACCAAAACAUCUUCGUGAUGCGUCAUGGCGAUCGAAUCGACAAUUUCGAACCACUCUGGGUUUCAACCGCCGAGAGACCUUGGGAUCCACCUCUCGUUCAAGACGGUAUGAUUCGUGCUUUUCGUACAGGUCAAAGGAUCCGAUCUCAGAUAGGGUUUCCGAUUCACCGUGUCUUUGUCUCUCCUUUCCUCCGUUGCGUUCAGACAGCUUCUGAGGUUGUCUCAGCUCUCUCCGCCGUCAAUGUCGAUCCUAAUGCCAUGUCUUCCAAAGAUGUUCCUUCCAUUGAUAACUCUAAGCUCAAGGUUGCUAUUGAAUUUGGUUUGUGUGAGAUGUUGAACUCAGUGGCUAUAAGGCGUGAGCUUGCUCCUAAAGAUGGAAACUUUGACUUUACGAUUUCGGAUCUUGAAGCUAUGUUUCCUGAGGGAAUGGUGGAUAGUAAUGUUGAUAUGGUUUAUAAAGAGUUGCCAAAAUGGGAAGAGUCUGUUGAAGGAUGCAGAGAUCGAUAUGUUAAAGUUGUGAAAGCUCUUGCUGAUAAGUAUCCUUCAGAGAACUUGCUUUUAGUCACUCAUGGGGAAGGAGUAGGAACUACAUUUUCGACGUUUUAUAAAGAUACAACUGUGUAUGAAGUGGACUACUGUGCUUAUGUUGAACUGAGAAGAGAGGUCUCAAGUGAAGAUGGGUCUGUUAAAGCUGGGGACUAUGAGGUUGUUUUGAGUCAUGGUCAAGCUGGAAUCGGGUUUAGUCAUGAUCCUGCCAGUCAUGAUCCUGUCAUAAGCCAAACACCGGUUUAG